AUGCCCAAUUACGCAGCCAAUUUGCUGUUUCUGGUGGUCACGACCAUCGCAUUGCCAGCGGAUUUCAAUGCUCAUACGGCGCCACCGGAUCUCAGAGCCUUCGCACCGCUACCAGAUCUCGGUGUCAAACAAUGGACAUGCGAUCCUGCAGUGAUGGCCAAGAGCAAAGAGGUUCCGAAGAGUGCCCACAGUGUCCGAUUUGCAGAUAUCAAAGUGAUCGCAGCUCUCGGAGAUUCACUUACGGCUGCUAAUGGUGCAAACGCUAGAACGCCGUUGGGGCUUCGCAAGGAGUUUCGUGGACUGGCAUUCCAGAUUGGAGGCGAUAUGACGCUUGAGGAGCACAUUACCAUUCCAAACGUACUCAGGAAAUUCAAUCCUAAUUUGUUUGGCUACUCAACUGGAACUGGAAAAUGGGAUUCAUGGGAGGUGUCGAAGUUCAACAUGGCGGGCAGUGAGGCUAAAGAUAUGGUAGUGCAAGCACAACGUCUUGUGGAUCUAAUGCACAAACGCCCUGAGGUAAACAUAACAAACGAUUGGAAACUCGUCCUUAUUUUCGUUGGUGGGAAUGAUGUGUGCCGUUACUGUUAUGAUGCUCAUGCGAAUCGAACAUCAGCCCACGGAGCAGACACGUACAAGAGCAAUCUCAUCAAAGCGAUCCAGAUUUUGAAGGAUAAUUUGCCACGGACCAUCGUAUCAAUAACCGGAAUGAUGGACAUCGAAAUCCUUCGGCCUGUCGAUAAGGCGCAAGUUGUUCUGCGUUGGAUUGCACUAGUAGGUUUUGAACUUUUAUUUUCGAUUCUUCAAAAAGACAUCCCUCAAUUAAAAUGUAAAGUUCAGCAUGAAAUUCAAGACAGCGGCCUUUUCGACUCUUCCGAUGACUUUGCUUUGGUCGUGCAGCCUUUCGGAAAUGGAAUCGAUCAUCCACCACUGAUGGUAUGGCUUAAAGAAUAA